AAUGUGUUCUUGAUGAAAUGUUUGAUUGGAAUGAGAUGAGAUGAUUAGAUCCUCACAAGUUGUGACAAAGUUGGAUUUUUUUAGCUGUUACCUUUAUAAGGGUUAUUUUUUUUAUCUUGUUUUAUAAAGACAAUAAUAAGUUAUAGUGUUUGGUGAGGUUAGUUGGCCAAACAUUGGAUUUAGUUGAAUUUGUGCUGAAAUUGUUUAUAUGGUGAACUUGCUUUAGAAGAAAAAGCUAGUAUUACCUUAUAAUGAUCGAAGAAUAGCUAACGUGUUAGUCUAGUGCUCGAUUUUUGAGUUGGAAAUGUGAAAGAGGGCUAUACUAUGAGGUGUAAUGUGUUAUAAGUUGAUGGUGCAGUUUGAUUCAUUGGAAAAUUUGGUCUAUUUGUGCUGCAUUUCUCUACAGCAGAUAGCAUUUAUCAGUUGAUUACUUCCUGAUCUUCUCUUGUGCGAUUGCUAUACCUUUCAACGAUGUUUUAAGCAGUGUUGAUGUUGGCUGUGUUUUGAAUUUGCUUGUGAUGAACUUGUUUUUGAAGGAGAAGAAGCAUUAUCUCAUGAUGAUCAUAUCAUGAAUCAGAAAGAUUCACUCGAAAUCCUUAGCUAGCGUAUUUGUUCAGUGCUCGAUUUUUGAGUUAGUAACGUGUUACUAUGCUAUGAAGUAGUAGUAUAUUUGAUGUUGGACUUAGAAUGGUUAUACCGUAGCUUGGAAUAAGUUGAUUCGUUGUUGAUAGUCUCGAUUUUCAGACAUAGGGAUCGCGAGUGAGGAUAUGCUGUGAUGCUGUCAACUGAAAGUAGUAAUAUGUUGGAUAAAUAUUACCUAAACCAAGCAAUCAAGGAAUAUGUGUCUGCUGAUCUUUUCAUUGUAUACACAUCUAUAAUCAUCGGAAUUUUUGCCUGCAAAACGGUGUAUGAACUUAGCCAGCUUAUUAGUCCCAUUUACUUCAAAAGCUAUCAUAGUCUCACAAAGGGCCUUCAGCUCGAAUGGAGCAACCGAGCCAUGUCGACGUUUCAUGCCAUGUACAUUGCCACCGUCUCAUUAUACUUCGUGUUGUGGUCGGAUCUCUUCAAGAACGACCCACAGCGCGGUCCAGUCAUUCUUCGUAGUUCAACAGCCUCAAUUUCUGCUUUGGGAGUUUCUGUUGGCUAUUUCCUUUCGGAUCUCAGCAUGAUUAUAUGGCGGUAUCCUUCUUUAGGCGGGAUGGAGUAUGUAGUUCAUCAUCUUCUCUCUUUGGCGAGCGUUGCCUACGCUCUGCUCACGGGUGAAGCACAGAUAUACACGUACAUGGUCUUAAUAUCCGAGGCAACUACGCCUUCUAUCAAUCUGAGAUGGUAUCUUGAUGCAGCUGGAAUGAAGAGGUCGAAGGCGUAUACUAUAAACGGAGUCGUGAUAUUCCUAUCAUGGCUCGUUGCAAGAAUCUUGCUGUUCAUUUACUUGUUUUGGCACUCUUACAUAUAUUAUGAUGAGGUGAAGCUGAUGCACGAGAUAGGCGUGGUGAUGAUGCACGUCGUCCCGUUGGUGCUGUCUGUGAUGAACUUGUUCUGGUUCAGCAAGAUCUUCAAGGGGAUGGUGAAAACGCUCAAGAGGGAGUGAAGAAAGCGUGUUACUAUGUUUGUAUUUGUAUGAUUAUUGUUGCCUGUGAAUAUUUGGAGGAAGAAAAUCUGAAGCGUUUUUUUUCUGUGAAUAAUUAGGGAAAAAGGCUGAAUAGAUUUGUGCAGAUUCAUCUAGGUAUUACUUGUUGCUAACAAAAAUUAAAAUCGUGUUUUACGUUUGAGAUUUCAAAGGGAGUCGGUAAUCAUUUGUUUUU